UGCCAAGCGGAAGUGUCGCUUUUGCUGCCGGCUGAGACACUGGGAGCGGAAGCGGAAGUGGCGGCGGCAGGCGGCGGGCGCCGGCCUGGCCUGGGCUUAGGGAGGCAGGCUGCCAUGGCGGAGUCCGGGCCGCAGGCGCCGCCGCCGCCGCCUCCCGGGACCCCGAGCCGGCACGAAAAGAGCCUGGGGCUGCUCACGACCAAGUUUGUGUCGUUGCUGCAGGAGGCCAAGGACGGAGUCCUAGACCUGAAACUGGCAGCAGACACUUUGGCUGUUCGGCAGAAGCGGAGAAUCUAUGACAUCACGAAUGUCCUAGAAGGAAUUGGGCUGAUCGAAAAGAAGUCAAAGAACAGUAUCCAGUGGAAGGGUGUGGGACCUGGCUGUAACACCAGAGAAAUAGCAGACAAGCUCAUCGAAUUGAAAGCAGAGAUUGAGGAGCUUCAGCAGAGAGAGCAGGAAUUGGACCAGCACAAGGUUUGGGUUCAGCAAAGCAUCCGGAACGUCACUGAAGAUGUGCAGAACAAACGCGUAGCAUAUGUCACUCAUGAGGAUAUCUGCAAAUGUUUCACGGGGGACACUCUCUUGGCCAUUCGGGCCCCAUCAGGUACCAGUCUGGAAGUGCCAGUCCCUGAGGGCCUAAAUGUGCAGAAGAAGUAUCAGAUCCAUUUGAGGAGUGCAACUGGCCCCAUCGAGGUGCUACUGGUAAACAAGGAUGCGUGGAGCUCUCCCCCUGUGGUGGUCCCUGUGCCUCCUCCUGAGGACCUUCUUCAGUUCCAGGCAGCCAUUCCUUCCCCCCCACAGCCGAGACCAGCACCCUCUCAACACCCAGAGACCUCCAUCCCCAGCAGCCCCUGCCCCUCCACUCCCACCAGCACCCAGGACCAGAGUGCCAUUGGGCAACCAACAGCCAGCCCAGUUGCAGGGAGCAGCAGUGGCCCUGGGGCAGACAGCAAGGAUGCCAGUGUCCUCGGUACCCUCAACACUGCUUCCCCUGCUGCACUUGACACGCGGCCACUCCAGUCCUCGGCCUCCUUGGACAGCAGCUCCACCUUGCCCAACCCUUCUACCUCUUUUGAGCCAAUCAAGCCGGAUCCUACGGGCAUACUGGAACUCCCCAAAGAGCUGUCAGAAAUGUUUGAUCCAACAAGAGAGUGCAUGAGUUCCGGGCUGCUGGAGGAGUUGAUGUCCUCAGAAGUGUUUGCCCCUCUGCUCCGCCUCUCUCCUCCUCCUGGAGACCAUGACUACAUCUACAACCUGGAUGAAAGUGAAGGUGUCUGUGACCUCUUUGAUGUGCCAGUCCUCAACCUCUGACUCUGGGGCUGCCCUAGGGCUGUGUGGAGUCAAGACUGUUUGACUUGGGGUUGCUUUGGGCCUUCCUUUUCCCCCCAUGUCCACUGUCCUCAGGAUUCCUCCAGAUACAGACUGACCAGCCCCCAGGCCCCUUUCAGCCCUCCCUUCCAAAUUGCACAAUUAGGGUCAUAGAUUUCCUGUUCCUGAUACUGGCCAGUUUGUCCACCUGCCCUUCCAGACGGGGGAGGAGGGACCCCAUGCCACCCCCCCCCCCCUUUCCCUCAAAUAUCUAUCCUCUGCCCACAGGUAGCCAAAGCAUUUGCCAUGUGCCUCUUCUAGGCCAAAACCUGAUGGUCCCCUGCUCCUUUUCUUUCCACACCUUAUAUCUUAGGGCUCAGGCUCUGCUGCUCCAGAGGGAUGCAGUAACCCUAGAUCCCCCUUACCAAGGCUACCAGAGGGACCCUGCACCCCAGCGCCACCCCCUCCCCCAAGCCCAGGGCAGGAUGAGGACCGAAGCCUAAGCAUCCAAACUAGACUGACAAACUGAGUGUGCCCCAGGCUUUUCUGGAGUCAGAGGCCUGAACUUGUGGAGGGGAGGAGGGGAGCCUAGCCUAGCCACAUCUCUGAAUGGAGCAGGAAUGUGACCACCCCCUCCCCCACACGGCCUACUUGCUGCCCAGAGCAGGUGGCUGAGACAGGCUAAGCCACUCCCCAAAUUGGAUGGGUCCCCAUCCCUGCGCCCCUAGUCUGAGGGCCCCCUCUAGCCCAGGGCUGGAAGGAGGCGGCCCCUGCCUCCUGUGUUCCUGUAUCACCCCUUGCCUCCAGUUAGAAAAUGUUCGGAAAGAGAUUUAGAGAGAUUUACAGGAAUGAACAGAUUCCUAUAUAAAGAUUAUUUUUAUACUUUUUGCAGUGUAAGGAAAUUGCCUGUAAUAUUUGUACAGUGUCUGAAUGAAUAAAAACCGCGUCUAAGGUU